CCCUACGCAUUCCCUUUAAUUUUCUCACCUUCUAACAUAAAUUGAAACCCCUAAAUUUCCUUCGUUUCGCCUAGCUCUCACUUUCUUGUCCCCCCCUCUUGAAAUCUGAGCUCUCUCCCUCUCCCUCUCCCUCUACGGUACUUUUAAGUGGAUCGUGUCUUCUCAAUCUAUCAGCUGGAAUAUUGCGUCCAAUAAUCAUGGCUGCUUUCGUGUUCUUAGUGUUUUUCCUUGCCCUAACUGCCCGAUCUUAUGCGAACUAUUGCCUGUGUAAAGAUGGGGUGAACCAACAAGCCCUCCAAAAGGCACUGGACUAUGCGUGUGGAGCUGGAGCAGAUUGCUCCCCAAUCCUCUCCAAUGGAGCCUGUUUCCAGCCCAACACCGUCAAAGAUCACUGCAAUUAUGCCGUCAACAGUUAUUUCCAGAGAAAAGGCCAGACCCAAGGCAGCUGCGACUUCUCCGGCGCCGCCACCCCCAGCGUUACCCUCACCGCCUCCGUGGUUUCUGGUUGCGUCUAUCCUUCAAGCCCCAGGUACUUAAUUUAAGUUUGAUUCGUUUUCUUAUCUACCAGAAAUUUCUGAUUUCAAUGGUUGCCGGUCGUGUUUGGGUGAUGGGA